GCAAGAGCCAGUACCGCAAGCCCCACCCUUUCUUCUUCACAAAGUAAGAAAUCCGAACAGAGGAAAAAGCGGCGAUGGCGAACGGCGGGAUGGCGAAGAAGGGGUUCGGCGAGAGCCACGACGUGCUCCGCUUCGGCGUCAACGACAGCGUCAGGGGCGACCUCGCGCCGCCGCACCCGCUCCAGGCCACCAUCCAAUCGGAGAGCAAGUUCUGGGACGACAAGAAGAAGUUCGGGACGGAGUCCAUCUACGGAUCCGCCUUCAACAUCCGCAAGGAUCUCGACGCCCAAAUCCUCUCCAGGUUCCAAAGGCCCCCAGGUGCAUUACCAUCAUCUUUGCUAGGAUAUGAGGCAAUGACAGGUUCCUUGGAUGAUUUCGGAUUUGAAGAUUAUCUUAACAUGCCCCAAGACUCUGAUAGCCUCCGUAUACCGGACAUGCACCAUGGGAUGGAGGUUCGCCUUGGCCUGUCGAAGGGACCUGUCUGCCCUAGUUUCAAUUGAUUUCACCCAUGUAUGUGAUACGUUGUGCUCCUUGUCCAUCAUCUGUACUGGUCGUUAAUAAUGCGUUCUUGAUUUCCUUCUUUCAUAAUGCGCUCCGUUGAACAGAUGAAUCAACCCGUGUACAAUUAGGUGAAUGUAUCUCAUUGUCAUCUUGGCCCGAUAUAGUUCUGAUGUUUGUUGUC